GCGGGACCCAGCUUGGCGCGGGUGGGGAGGAGGGUGUGGGGCGCGCUUUCGGGUGGUCUGGGGCUCCGGACUGCGGCGGAGGGACCCGGCUGCGAGCGGCGACAGCAGCGGCGGGGAACCGACGAAGGGACAAACACCAUACAGCAUCUACUGUGUGCUGGAUCUGUUGCCUAGUUAUCUGGGGUGCACAGACUACAUCAGACGGGGGUCCUGCUCUCUUGAAGCUUGUGGACAAGAAACACACAUGAGAGAUAAUUCUGUAAGCUGAUUCCAAAAUCAUAUGCAAGACCAGAUGCCCAAGAACAGUCAAGAAAAAGAACAAGGUGUCGCCAUGGUGACGCUGGUGGAGGACAGCAAGGUGCGGGUGGUGGUGCGGGUCCGGCCCCCCACCCUGCGGGAGUUGGAGAGUCAGCGGCGGCCUGUGGUUCAGGUGGUGGAUGAGCGGGUGCUGGUGUUUGACCCUGAGGAGCCCGACAGGGGCUUCCUUGGCCUGAAGUGUGGCAGCACCCAUGAUGGCCCCAAGAAGAAGGGCAGAGACUUGACGUUUGUCUUUGACCGGAUCUUUGGUGAGGGGGCCACUCAACAGGAUGUGUUCCAGCACACCACCCACAGCGUUCUGGACAGCUUCCUCCAGGGCUACAACUGCUCAGUGUUUGCCUAUGGGGCCACGGGGGCUGGGAAGACACACACCAUGCUGGGAAGAGAGGGGGACCCCGGCAUCAUGUACCUGACGACCAUGGAACUCUACAGGCGGCUUGAGGCCCACCAGGAGGAGAAGCGGUUCGAGGUGCUCAUCAGCUACCAGGAGGUGUACAAUGAGCAGAUCCACGACCUCCUGGAGCCCAAGGGGCCCCUUGCCAUCCGGGAGGACCCCGACAAGGGUGUGGUGGUGCAAGGACUCUCCUUCCACCAGCCCACCUCCGCUGAGCAGCUGCUGGAGCUGCUGACCAGGGGGAACCGCAACCGCACGCAGCACCCGACCGACGCCAACGCAACUUCGUCCCGCUCCCACGCCAUCUUCCAGAUCUUCGUGAAGCAGCAGGACCGGGUUCCAGGCCUGACUCAGGCCCUUCGAGUGGCCAAGAUGAGCCUGAUUGACCUGGCCGGUUCAGAGCGGGCCUCCAGCACCCAUGCAAAGGGGGAGCGGCUGCGGGAGGGUGCCAACAUCAACCGUUCCCUGCUGGCCCUCAUCAAUGUCCUCAAUGCCCUGGCCGACGCAAAGGGCCGCAAGUCUCACGUGCCCUACCGGGACAGCAAGCUGACCCGUCUGCUCAAGGACUCCAUCGGGGGCAACUGCCACACGGUCAUGAUCGCUACCGUCAGCCCCUCCAGUCUGACCUACGAGGACACCUACAACACCCUCAAAUACGCCAACCGCGCCAAGGAGAUCAAGCUCGCGCUUAAGAGCAACGUGAUCAGCCUGGACUGUCACAUCAGUCAGUAUGCCACCAUCUGUCAGCAGCUGCAGGCUGAGGUGGCCGCCCUGAGGGAGAAGCUCCAAGUAUAUGAGGCGAGAGCCAGGACCCCAGCGCAGGGCCUCCCGAAAUCCCCCAAAUCGGGCCCUUCCCAGCAACUGUUGGCCCUGAAGGUGCUGUGCCUGGCACGGCGACAGUACUCCCUGCUCCAAGCGGCCAACCUGCUGACCCCCGACAUGAUCGCAGAGUUUGAGACCCUGCAGCAGCUGGUGCAAGAGGGAAAAGCUGAACCGGGAGCAAAGGCCUCAGGCGCACCUGGCCCGGCCAGGGAGGCACCUCGGGAGCCGUGUUCCGAGUCAGAUUCUCCAGGCUAUUCUGGCCCCGUGACCCGGACCGUGGCAAGGCAACUGAGCGGCCUCAUGCACACCCUGGGGGUCCUACCGGGGCCCGACCGCACCCCAGCCCAGGCAUCCCGGCGGCCCACAGGGAAGAAGAGGAGGAGGAGACCAAGCCCGUCGCAGCCUGACAGCCCCCCAGCCCCGAAGCCGGGGACCAAGCGCCAGCGCCAGUCCUUCCUGCCCUGCCUGAGGAGGGGGUCCCUGCCUGAGGCUCAGCCCUCACUUGGGCCCACGCCCCCCAAAGCCCCCUCCUCGCUCUGCCACUCCCCUCGCGUCUGCCCAGCCACAGUCACCAAAAGCCGGGUGCCCCUGGGCCCCUCUGCUGUGCAGAACUGCUCCACCCCUCUGGCCCUGCCUGCUCGGGACCUCAACGCCACUUUUGAUCUCUCAGAGGAGGCCCCCUCGAAGCCGAGUUUCCAUGAAUGUGUUGGCUGGGAGAAUGCCCCCCAGGAGCUGAACAGGCUGGAUCAGCCCUUCAUCCCCAGUGGACCUGAGUCCCUGUUCACCAUGAAAGGCCCCAAACCAACACCUUCCUUCCCUGGGACCUCAGCCCGCAAGAAGAGGCGAGCUGCCAGUUCCUCAGUCUCCCGCUCACUGGGAGUGGCCCGAGGCCGCAGCCGCAUCGCGCGCCUCCCCAGCAGUACCUUGAAGAGACCAGCUGGGCCCCUCGCGAUCCCAGCCAACUGGCCUGCAGAGCCCCCUUCCAGUCCCCGCUGCCCUGGCAACCAGCAGGAACUGAUGGGGAUUAGGAGAGCCCUGUCAUCUGGGAGCUGUGUCGCCAAAGUGUCCUGACCCACCGGCGCCUCUUGGUCCCCAGAACCGCCUGCACCAGGGGCCCUGACCUGCCUUCCUCCGCUCGGAGCAGUUAAUGCCAACGCCCUCUUCCUUUAUUAACAUUCGUCGCCAGCCAUUCAUCCUGAUACCUGCCCUCUUUAUCAAUCUCUUGUUAUAUUCAGCUUCUCAGCAUGUAUAUAUUCAUCUCGAGGGGUAACAUUUUGAAGGUGCAACCACUGGGGCGCCUGGGUGGCUCCGUCGUUUAAGUGUCUGCCUUCAGCUCAGGUCGUGAUCCUGGGGU